CAACGAAUGACAGUCCGCAGACCAGUCGACUUUUCUAUCUGAGAAGAAUUGGUAAGCCUAGUUGCGUUCCACUCGGUUUCAGAUCUGGCUACGGGGCCCAGGGUCUAUUGUCUGGGCCCGUGGUUGCUGGCUUCCGUCCGUUAAAUAGGAGCCACAUAUUCCACGACCUAUACUGACCGGGCUUCAGAACACCCUCAAUUGAUCGGUCUCAGAGGUCGGACACCCAUGUUUUCUCUUGCUGGUCUCUUGCAGCAGCCCACCACCCGGCAGCUGCUGGCUGGCACGGCUCUGCUGUUUCUGACGGCCUUCUACUCGCCAUUGACGGUGUUGAUGCUGACUCCGGUGUAUGGAUCGGCCCCUGCGCACAUUUUCCAUCCCUAUGGAUUGGCGCUCAUUGGCGCCGCUGGAUGGUUUUUGAAGGACCAAAUCCAGCGACUGACAGGCCGCCAGGCCCUCUAUCUGGUCCCCGUCAUCGCAUUCUGGGUCCCUACCGUCCAAAGUUUCUUGUUCGCAUCCAGCUCUGUCCUGGGCAAUCCAUUUGGAGCUGUCGUCACCGAGGUCAUCUCCUACUACCCUCUGGUUCUGCUCUCCGUGGCCUGCGCUGGUAAGUUGGUGCAGGCGGGCUUGGAUCUGGGCCGGCACGGCGAGGCCGUCGUCGAGCAUGUUCCGCUCGUGGUCACCUAUGUCAUCUACAAGACGGGCGAGAAGUUUGCCAAGUUGUUUCUGGCCAAGUUCAUUGGCACGACCUUCUUCUUUUCCCGUGCUGGUCUCCAACUGUUGCUCCCAGCCCUGUAUUCUGCCAUCGCCCCUUCCAAGCUCUUGCUUCUCGCUAUUCCAUCCCUGCUCUUCUCCAUGACAUCCAACGUGCACAUGAACUCUGGAGCCUUGAACUCUUACCUCAACGAUGAGGGCUUCGACCUCUUGGCCCGCCAGGACUCCUCCACCGGCUACAUCUCCGUUUUGGACAACUUGGGAGAUGGGUUCCGUGUCAUGCGUUGCGACCACAGUCUGCUCGGAGGACAGUGGACCAAGAUGCCGCAAAACUACAACCCGGCCGUUAUGGACCCGAUCUACUCGGUAUUCACCAUGCUUGAGGCCGUCCGUCUGAUUGAGACCGACCACGGCGAGCCUCGCGUGGAUGCCAACAGCAAGGCGCUUGUCAUCGGCCUCGGAGUUGGCACCACGCCCUCUGCCUUGAUCCACCACGGCAUUGAAACCACCAUCGUGGAGAUCGACCCUGUCGUGCACAAGUUCGCCACCGAGUACUUCCACUUGCCCUCGAACCACAUCGCCGUCAUCGAAGACGCCACCACCUUCGUGAAGCGUACUCCCCCCGCCCAAUACGACUACAUCGUCCACGACGUCUUCACCGGCGGUGCCGAGCCCCUCGAACUCUUCACCCUCGAGUUCCUCGAAAACCUCGGCGCCCUCCUCAAAGACGACGGCGUCAUCGCCAUCAACUACGCCGGCGACAUCUCCCUCUACCCGGCGGCCCUCACCGUCCGCACCAUCCAACACGUCUUCCCCACCUGCCGCAUCUUCCGCGAAGCCUCCGACUCGGACCUGACCACCGACUUCACCAACAUGGUCAUCUUCUGCAAGAAGAGCGCCGCCACCCCCCUCACCUUCCGCAACCCCGUCCCCGCCGACUUCAUGGGCAGCAAGUUCCGUCAGACCUACCUGGUCCCGAAGCAGGAGAUCGACAUCAGCCGCUUCGAGCCCAUCGAGAAAGGCGGUCGUCGCUUCCUCCUCUCUAAGGAAACUCAUCUGCUUCAUAAGUAUCAGGAUCGCGCUGCCCUGGAGCAUUGGAAUAUUAUGCGUCAUGUGCUGCCGGAUUUGGUUUGGGAGAAUUGGUGAUCUCCUGGCUAGGUGGUGUAUGCUGCGUACUUAAGUGAUUGUGUACCUGUCUGGUAAGAGGGUAUAUUCGGCUUUUAUUUGGAUUCAAAUAGCUGUAUUCCUAGGUUAUGUUUUAGAAACAGAAC